GUUGUUGUCUUGCAUCGCUCUCGCUAUCAGUCGGUCGGUCAGUCUUCACGAUGGCUUCAUACGAUUCCGUUCGACGUAUUUGGAGCGGUUCGCGUCAACCGUGCAUUUUCAACCCGGAGUGUAACUUUGGCCAGAUAGUGUUGAAUCUGUUGGAUCGAUCGUCCGAUAAAGUGAUCCAGAUCGAUGCCGAUACGGGUCGGGAGAUGACCCGGGCCGAGAUGCGCCUACGGGUUGUGCGGGCUGCCCAGCAUCUACAGAAGUUAGGCUACGGAGUUGGGGAUAUUGCUUCGGUAGUGGCGGUGAACAGUGAAAAUUUGGCGCCCCUGGUCCUAGCGCUGCAAGUCAUCGGCGUGGGUUUCAACGCUCUGGCACCGACUUUCGACGCAGAAGAAAUGGCACACAUGAUGCGGCAAACCCAGAGCAAAUUGGUGUUUUGUGACGCCGAUAAUUACGACACGGUGAAGGUCGCCGCCAGCAAGGCGCUCCAAGGCGAUUAUCGGAUCUACGUGAUGGAAGGCGCUCGGGAAGCUACGCUGGCGGUCGAUCAGCUGUUUCAACCGACGGGAACGGAGCGCAUGUUCUACCCUCGAUAUCUUGGAGAUUCGUACAAAUUGAUCGCUAACAUUACGUGUUCAUCGGGAACAACCGGUCUUCCGAAGGGCGUCUGCAACUCUCAUGCUCAAACGAUAUCCUGUUUUUGCAAAGUUGUUAACCUUUCCGACGAAAUAUGCCUGAACUUCAGCACCCUCUACUGGGGCACCGGAGUCUACGUGCUGAACAUGUCGGUCAUGAACAACACCACCCGGCUCAUAACGCGACGACCGUUUUCGGUGGAUUUAUUCUACGAACUGAUCGCAAAGUAUCCCAUCAAAUUCCUUUACACUCCGGCCUCGUACGCAUUGGGCAUAACGAGUGAUCCACGGGCCAAACAGUCGAAUCUUUCCAGUAUUAAAGUUUGGGCUCUGGGAGCUUCGAAUGUUUCCGAGAGUAUUCGCGACGCGGUGGAUGAGCUGUUGAAACCGUCGGGUGGGCGAUCCUACAAUUUCUACGGGACGUCCGAGAGUGGAUUUCUGGCAGCCGAUUUCAUGAGACGGAAAGCAAAUGCUGUCGGACAAGUGGCAACCAACAUGCAGGUGCGAAUAGUUGACGAGGAUGGGCAACCGCUUCAGGUGGGCGAGAUCGGGGAACUGGUGAUAAAGUCGAUUGGUAUUCCAUUUUUGGGUUACUACAAAAAUGAAGAAGCGUCCCGAGAAGCCCUAGACAAGGAAGGGUGGUUCCGCACUGGCGAUAUUGGAUACUUCGACGAGGAAGGUUAUCUCUAUUUGGUUGAUCGGAAGAAAGACAUUCUGAAGUACAUGGGCAACCAGGUGUCUCCAUCUGAGGUCGAAGCAGUAAUUCAACAAAUGGCGGGAGUACAACUGGUUUGCGUGACGGGAGUUCCAAAUACAACCGGAACGUCCGAUUUGGUGACGGCAGUUAUUGUGAAAGAUUCGAGUUACCAGUUAACAGCAGAGGAAGUGAUGCAACAUGUAGCGAAGAAUUUAAGUGAUCCCAAGCAUUUGCGAGGAGGUGUCUUUUUCGUGGAACAACUCCCAAUGACGUCCAAUGGAAAGGUUGUUAGGAGGAAAGUGCGAGAUAUUAUUCUAGAUAAGCUUUCUUGAAAAUAAAUAAAUAUUGUAAUCUUCUACAA